GCUCCCCCCUCCAGGCCCAACUUCGAGGGCUCGGUGUUCUGUGCUCUAGCCCAGUGGACACCCUGGACGCUUCUAUCCCGGACUUGGACUCCCCCGGGCCCGGCCGCCGCUUUCUCCUGCCCCAGACCCUGGUCCCGAGGAGCUGCUGCGGAGCGUUCACCUCUGCGUCCGCCUCAGCCUCCACCUGUCCCUGCCUCUUGUCCCCGACUCCCUCCUUCUCCGUGCUGCCCACGCCCCCAGCCGGUCCUUUCCUAGACCCCUGCCCUAGCCGUUGCCCUCACUCCUGCCCUUACCUUUACCCCUGCCUCCUCCCUCUCCCCUGGCCCUGCAGGCCCAAGCGCGCUCCCGCCCCUUUCGGGGGAAUCUCUAAGGAUGUCGUGCGCGGAGCUGCUGACCAUGUGCCUUCUCCGGCCCAAGGCUGCCGCCCGUGAGGCCCCUGCGGCUCCCCCUGCGGUCCCUCCUGCGGCCUUCGCUGGUCUCGGACUCUUCCAGGACGUUUUCCGUCGAGCAGAUAAGAAUGAUGAUGGGAAGCUGUCCUUUGAGGAAUUCCAGAAUUAUUUUGCAGAUGGGAUUCUCAGUUCUGGGGAACUCCGAGAGCUGUUCAACAGCAUUGACCGGCAUUACUCAGACAAUCUGGAGACCGAGAAGCUUUGCGACUAUUUCUCAGAGCACCUGGGUGCAUACAGACCAGUGCUGGCUGCCCUGGAGGCCCUGAACAGCGCGGUGCUUGCUGCCAUGGACGCCACCAAGCUGGAGUAUGACCACGCAUCCAAAGUGGACCAGUUUGUAAUGCGGUUCCUCCUCCGAGAGACAGUGGAUCAGCUGCAGGCCCUGCAGGGCUCCUUGGAAGGAGCCUCAGACACACUUGAGGGUCAGAUGGGUGGGGCCCGGAUGGAUGUGCCCAUGCAGAAAGCAGAGGAGUCAGUCCGGCCUCGGGCUGGCAGGAGGUCUGGGCGCCGCGCCAUGAGGAGCAUCUGCCUGUCUCCGAACACCCCAGAUUGUGGAAUUCUGAACACAGGGCCAGGUGUGGAGUCUGACAGUCAGUGGACGGUGCAAGUGAAUCGCUUACAGCAGCUCAUAGACCAGCUGGAGUGUAAGCAGACCCUGCGGCUGGAGCCCUUAAAGGAAGCAAUAGUUUGCAAAGCAAACUCGCACAUCCUGGUGGCGCAGAGGCAGAUCUCAGUGACUAAUGAAGCCUUGCAGGAUUUUCAACGUGCUCUCUGCUGCUAUACAGAUUUUACAAGUGCCCAGAGCAGCUGCCUACAUGUGUCAGCACAGAAGGUGCUGGACGAAGCCACUUUCAUUCUGUUUGAGUUUUGGAAGGAUGAGGCUUCCUGGAAGAGCCACUCACAGACAAGCUGUUCCAAGGCCUUCCAGAGAGUUCUCAUUGACCACCUGCAGACCCCGGAGAUCCUGACUACCAUGCUCUUUCCAGCCUCAUGGUGGAUCAUGAACAACAACUGAACCCUGGGCCAAGCCCCACUCUUAGGAUGAAGGUUGCUUCAGCCCAAUGUUGCCCCUUAUACCCAGGAGCCCCGCAGGACUCUGCCAAGAUUAGAGACUUGUCUCUGUGUGGGCUUGAUGGAGCUGGCGAGGGAGGAGCCCACUGUCUGGGACACAGAGGUCUCCCAGCCCAUGGGGCUGCCUUUUGGAAGCCUUCCUUCAAGCCACCCAGAACAACAAUCCCAUCUGUCCCGGGUCCCAGGCUGCUGAUGGUGCUGGGUUUCCAUACUGCAUAGGCAACUGCCUAUAUGGGGGGGUGGGUUUUUUUCUCAGUGGCAGCAUGAUGCAGAGGACAGCUCAGGGAUAGGAGGUAGGUGUUUUGGGUUCCAGACUUGGCCAUGUUACCUUGGGUUGGUUAUUUCUCCUCUAUGGGCCUUAGUUUCCCAAUUUGUAAAAUGGGGGGGGGAAGGUUGGAUUUGAUGAUUUCUAAGAUUCCUAUGACUACUUGAUGCUUCCUUUACUAAGGUAGACUGACUCUCCGUAGCUUUGCCCAGGGCUCAGAAGGGUGACUGAAGACCUUGGUGGGGCCUGGGUCAUCUCAUACCAGGCCAUGGGGCUGGUAUGCCAGGGAGGUCGGGCUACAGGCCUGGCUUUUGCCCUCAGGUUGCAAUUGGAACUGCCUUGCUGUGUAGUCUAUGUAUGUGUGUGUAUAUGUGGUGGCAGAGGGAAGGGAUGAGCAUGGGCUCUGCCCCAUCUCCUACAGGGAGGGUAGGAUUUGUAAUUUGCAUGUAAUUUGCAUAUACUUUGCAUGUCCAUGUACCACCCACAUGCAGCUAUCUUUAGGAUAAAAGUAACUGCAUGAGUAGCAGUAACACUGAGAACUUGAGUCAUGGAGUAGGCGGUGGCCAGUGAUGACCUUGUAAGCUGGCUCCCACUUCACCUGCAAUAAAGGUUCCUGUCUCACUUCCUAUCAUCUCU